AUGUUAACACAAGUCAUUGUCGCUGGGGUUAAUAUCUUAUACAAGGUGUCUUAUAACGUCGGUUUUAGUUUACGAAUUUUGGUGGUAUAUCAAUUCAUCGUCGCCACAAUAUGUAUACUUCCCUUUGCAUUGAUAGUCGACAGGAGUACAAGGCCCGCAUUGACAUGGAGGAUAGCUGGUUUAGGCAUCUUAGCUGGAGUUUUUGGGGGAGCACUAGGGCAGAAUAUAUUUGCAGCCAGCUUUGCUUUUGCUUCUGUGACAUACUUGGCAGCAAUUUCAAAUCUAUCUCUUGCCGUCACUUACAUGCUGGCAAUCGUUUUCAGUAGUAGCACUGUACUCUCCACUAUUUAUGCUAUCUCUAUAGAGAGGGAUUGGUCUGCUUGGUACUUGGCGCAGGAUGCUGGCGCCAUAACUUACUCGGGCAUCCUUGCAUCUGGAUUGUCAGUAAUGCUUGCAACAUGGUGCGCACGACAACAAGGACCAGUUUUUGUCUCCGCGACUUCUCCUUUAGCCCUCAUCUUUACAGCACUCAUGUGCCCUACUUUACUACACGAGGAGAUUCACCUAGGGAGUGCUGAGACACAGUCGAGAAGAGAUGAUCCUGAUAUCAAGGGUGUUAAUCCUGAUAUCGAGAGUGUUGAGACACAAUUAAAAAGAGAUCAUCCUGAUCUUGAGCGCGUUGAGAUACAGUUAAAUGAAGAAGAUCUUAAUCUUGAGGGUGCUGAGAUACAGUUAACAAAUGAUGGAGCGAAGAUAUUGGAGCAAAUGGAUGUUGACAAUCAAAUUGCCAAUUCAUGGUUGAACUAUCCCGAAGUCCAGAUUAUGAAAUUGGCAGAGUGGCUAUUAGAACGUGGGAUUCAUCCCAUCCAGAUUGCAGAGGGUUAUGAAAUGGCUUCUAGAAUAGCUAUUGAGCAUUUGAAGCUUAUAGCUAAGAUGUUUGAUUUCAGGCCAACAAAUAAUGAACAUUUGGAGCAUUCGGCUUCUAGAAUAGCUAUUGAACAUUUGAAGCAUAUAGUUAGGUAG